GCAUUCACCGUUUUUUACAAACGCAGUGAAGACUAUCAAAUUGAUGUUUUGCUUUAUUUUAUGAUUUAUUUGAUGAUUUAUUUGGGAUAACAAUCCGGUAAUUUGAUGAUUUAUUCGCUUUAUUUUAUUAUUAUCUAAGGUUUUAUUUUGCUUUAUUUAAACUAACAAAUUGAUUUUUUUCCUAUUUUUUUUUGAAGGAAUCACUUAUUCCCGUCGUUCAUAAAGGGACCACAAACUUGCCCGCAUGGCAUCCACGGUUGGCGCCCUAUAGAGAGGAUCGGGUUGGGUAUGUUGCGCCAUUUCAUGCGGAUCGAAAUCGACAACGAUAUGCUUACGGAAAUGGCGGAGCGAUGGCGUCCCGAAACCCAUACGUUCAACCUUCUGGAGGGGGAAAUGACGAUCACCCUCAAAGACGUGGCGAUCCUCACCGGGCUGUCGAUUUCUGGAGAUGCCAUCAUUGGUUCCACUAACAAACCUGAAGGAGGUUGGGGGCCGCUCAUUCGUGAUCGUUUGGGCUUUGACAUGCCGACCACCACACCAAUUCAAGGACAGGGGCAUCCACAGUUGAAUGCGGGACAAGUGUCGGUCCCGUGGCUGGUAACUCACAUCCAAAAUGAGGUGGAAAUCAAUGACGAGACUCCGGAAGAUCAAGUGGAGCGCUAUAUGCACGCAUCUACCUCAUUGGUUUGGUGGGUGGAUUUAUGUUCCCCGACAAGUCAAACCGGUGGAUUCAGGGCAUAUGGUUGCCAUUGCUCACUGGUGACUGGGACGCAAUCGGGGAAAAGAGUUGGGGAUCGACCAUGUUAGCUGGCCUAUCGGGAGCUGUGCACUUGCUCGAAGGUGGGAGCAAAACAAGCUGGUGCUGCGAUGUUUAUCCUACAGCUGUGGGUAUGGGAACAUCUUCCAAUAUUCGCACCUCUAGACCCACGUCCAUACCGGAGAGCCGAUGAUGAGCUAAACUUUCUGCAAAAUCCCCCCUACGGUAUCAAGUAAGUUUAUUCCGUACUUAGCCUAAUUUAAAAUUAUUCCAUGCUUAGCUAUAUUUCAAUUGAAUUUAUUCCCUACUUAGCCUAAUUUAAAAUUAUUCUAUGCUUAGCUAGAUUUAAAUUGAAUUUAUUCUGUACUUAGCCGAAUUUACAAUUAUUCCAUGCUUAGCUAGAUUUAAAUUGAAUUUAAUCCGUACUUAGCCUAUUACAAUUAUUCCAUGCUUAGCUAGAUUUAAAUUGAAUUUAAUCCGUACUUAGCCUAAUUUAAAUUUAUUCCAUGCUUUUACUUACAAGGUGGAUAGGAGCAAAUACGAAUGACCAUCAACCUGAGCAUUCGUUAUUGUUUUAUCGUUCUGAGUUAGAUAAGCCUUGGUGGAAUCAGGUAAUCAUGCUUUAUCAUAAUUUAACAAGUUAAGGUUUUUCAAUGUAAAUGGUCGCUAAUUGCAUUAUUUGAAUGAAUAUAGGUUACUUGG